AUGAGCUAUAUCCAUCCUUCCUGGAACUACCCAGGCCACACAGGUCUCCCAAUGGACCAUACCCUCGCCUACGAUCCUUCUAUGGCCCCCCCUCCUAUGAUGCACCACCCCAUUGACGGCUAUCUAUACCCUCAUCCGCCCAUGGAGAUGAUGGACUAUUACCACCAACCAAUUAUGGACUACGAUGAAUAUACAGAGAACUUGUCCCGCCCACGUUUGACUAAGGAACAAGUCGAGACCUUGGAAGCUCAAUUCCAGGCUCACCCCAAGCCAAGCAGUAAUGUCAAGCGUCAAUUGGCAGCUCAAACCAAUCUAAGCCUACCUCGUGUUGCUAAUUGGUUCCAAAAUCGACGUGCCAAAGCCAAGCAACAGAAACGCCAAGAGGAAUUUGAGAAAAUGCAAAAGGCAAAGGCGGAGGCCGAGGAGGCUGCUCGUCGCAAGUCGGACGCCUCGGACCAACCGUCGGAGUCCAAGGCUUCUGCUUCCAAGGAGGUGGAGAACACACCAAGUCCCAAGAAGUUAGCCAAGGAGGAAGCUAUUGCAAAGGCUGAAGAAAAUAAGAAGCAUCAUAAAACGAAGAGUGAGUCCGCCCGUGACGCAACCUUCGCCUCAUUGCAGCGAGCACUGAACGCCGCAGUUGCUGCUCGGGAUCGCUUCACGCGACGAGGCUCGCACGCCAAGUGUGAGUCUCCUCUUAAGGAAGAACCCAUUUCCCCUACGUCGAUGGCGCCACCCAAGGCGACCCCUAGUACACACGACAAUAAGGCCCAAGCCUCCUUCAACCAUUCUUACCAAGAUUGGUCUGACGAGAAAGAGUCGAGUCAAUGGACACCGCCCCACGGCCAUUCCGAUGCUAGCCAAUUUCCCUCUACUAGUCAAGCAUUCUCUGAGAUCCCCAGCUCUUCCCAUGCUAUGCAUCAAAAUGUGAAUACGUUCGCCGGUACCCAGUUCCCUGUGGACGAGGAUUGGGUUGAGACUCCCAAGGAUCAUCAUGCCGCGCAUGGUAUGGCAUCCGAUGCCACCCUUAGUUACACAAACCUGCAAUACCCCCUGUCAAUGCAGGCUCCCGACAUCUCCGUCACUCGCCGCGAGUCUUCUAGUGCCCUCACGGCUUCUCUGGAAGGAAUUGGCAUUUGCACCCCCGGGUCUUCUGGUCAAGCUUCGGGAGAAGCAUCAUGGAAAGAACCAGGCAAAGAGCUGGAUCUUGCUGCACGACGAAAGCGCCCUCGUCCUGCUGCCAUUGGAACUUCCAACACUCGUUCCCUGGCAAAUUCUACCUCAAUGUCCUCCCUCUCACCCACUAGCCGUAUGCCUAGCUCGGGUGCUGGAAACUCGAUGAGGCAUUCCAAGUCAACUCAGAGUCUGAACAACAGAUACGCUGGUGUUCGUAAGGCGUCAGCGGCCCAGAGAUCUCCUCUGAACUUCACAUUUGCCGAGUCCGGCUCCAUGAAGUCAAGCAAGGCUGAGAUGCUGCGACCUUCAGUCUCAUCAACGACGCUGGCUCCACCAACCCCCUUGACUCCUCAGGACUUCCAACAUUUCAUGCCAGCUUCACCAACCGACAGUUAUUGCUUGUCAGCACAUUCGACUACACAAUUCUUCCCUUCCUCUCAACCCAUGCAGGUGAACAUUGCCUCGCCUCCGGCCACACCCCUUGACAUGUACUCUUCUUUCCCUUACCAAAAUGCGGCCCCGCCAAUGUCAGCCCCAGCACAAGUUAGCACAUUCCCUGAAUAUGUAAGCUGUGACCCAGUUCCCAUGACCGCCCGAAGCUGGGCAGAUGCCACUGCCCUGUCCUCGCCAGACUUCCAGGCUAGUCUCCAGGUGCCCCACUCAAACACGGUGUCGCCCAUUGGUUAUGAUGCUCCUAUUGAUCAUCAUGGGCAUGGUUUUAUGGGGUCGGUCUCCGGCUCUCCAUCCUUAAUCUACUCCAUUGAGGAUUCCGAGAUGCCUAUAUCAGCUGAUGGAGGAGACAGAAAGGCGUCUGAGUUCACCAUGCACGGUUUACGUGAUCAGCAUGAAGCUCAGCGGUAUGCCGCUCAACAUAUGGGCUCCAUGCACAAGCCGAAGGCGUACCCUUUUGCUAACAACGCUCCACCUAACAACUACCCUUGA